UCCUCAUAGACGUUGGACGUGGGAGGAUUGCUUUCAGUCUGGUUCCUGGUUGCCGGCUGAAAUAACCUGCUCUCCAAAAUGUCCACCAAGGUGACUUAAGUCAGGUUCCGCCAAACCAGACACCAAGACAAGAAUCCAUGUGUGAGAAACUGAAGGAAGUGCUAGGAGAGCCCCAGCUGCAGCCUGGAUGUGAAUUGCAGCUCUGAAGUGCGUCCAGACGCAAGGCAAGGGCACUAGGCUUUCCAGACCUCCUACUAAGUCAUUGAUCCAGCACUGCCCUGGCAGGACAUAAAUCCCUGGCACUUCUAGCUCUCUGCAAAGGAGGGCAAAGCAGCUUCAGGAGCCCCUGGGAGUGCUCCAAAGAGAGUCUAGGGUACAGGUCCUAAAGUAGAAGAACAUAGAAGGCCGGCCAGGGGCACUGCGAGAUGGUAAAAGAGAUCUGAAGGGAUCCAGAAUUCAAGCCAGGAAGAAGCAGCAUUCUGUCUUUUGGAUUAAAACUGAAGCUCAACCUACUUUCAGCUUACUAAGAAAGCCACAGAAUGUUCAAGUGUGAUUUGGUUACAACAUACUGCUCUAUCCAGGCCUCUAACAAAACUGACUUCUUUCAAACGGACUUGCAGUUGCUAAAUUCCAAAUCAACACCUUAUCUUAAAAAUUAAGAAAAGGAGAGGAAGGAUGGAGGGAAGUGAACAGGGAGAGUACAAGAGAGAAAGAAAGAAACAAGAGGAAAACAAAUGCUUGUAAACAAGUUAUACCAAAUAAAAGAGAUAUAAAGGAAUUUCUUAAUAGAAGGAAUGAUAUUCUAAACAAGAAUCAAAUGUCCAGGGCAUCAUGGACAUUGAAGCGUAUCUUGAAAGAAUUGGCUAUAAGAAGUCCAGGAACAAAUUAGACUUGGAAACAUUAACAGACGUUCUUCAGCACCAGAUCCGAGCUGUUCCCUUUGAGAACCUUAACAUCCACUGUGGGGAAGCCAUGGACUUAGACUUAGAGGCCAUUUUUGAUCAAGUCGUGAGAAGAAAUCGGGGUGGGUGGUGUCUCCAGGUCAAUCAUCUUCUAUACUGGGCUCUGACCACUAUGGGUUUUGAGACCACGAUGUUGGGAGGGUAUGUUUACAGCACUCCAGCCAAAAAGUACAGCACUGGCAUGAUUCACCUUCUCCUGCAGGUGACCAUUGAUGGCAGGAACUACAUUGUCGACGCUGGGUUUGGACGCUCAUACCAGAUGUGGCAGCCUCUGGAGUUAAUUUCUGGGAAGGAUCAACCUCAGGUGCCUUGCAUCUUCCGCUUGACGGAAGAGAAUGGAUUCUGGUAUCUAGACCAAAUCAGAAGAGACCAGUACAUUCCAAAUGAAGAAUUUCUUAAUUCGGAUCUCCUAGAAGACAGCAAAUACCGAAAAAUCUAUUCCUUUACUCUCGAGCCUCGAACAAUCGAAGAUUUUGAGCCUAUGAAUAUAUACCUGCAGACAUCUCCAACAUCUGUGUUUACUAGCAAAUCAUUUUGUUCCUUGCAGACCCCAGAUGGGGUUCACUGUUUAGUGGGCUGCACCCUCACCUAUAGGAGAUUCAAUUACAAGGACAAUACAGAUCUGAUAGAGUUCAAGUCUCUGAAUGAGGAAGAAAUAGAAAAAGUGCUGAAAAAUAUAUUUAACAUUUCCUUGGAGAGAAAGCUUGUGCCCAAACAUGGUGAUAGAUUUUUUACUAUUUAGAAUAAAGAGUAGGCUGGGCGCGGUGGCUCACGCCUGUAAUCCCAGCACUUUGGGAGGCCAAGGUGGGCGGAUCACGAGGUCAAGAGAUCAAGACCAUCCCGGCUAACAUGGUGAAACCCCAUCUCUACUAA